CAAAACGACCCUACCAUACAAGAAAUCUGGGAUGUUGCCCGCACUAUCAAAUGUGACUGGGUUGAUAACUUUGUGAAAUCUGUCGCAUUUAGCCCCUUUACUGUUGGAAUGCUGGAUGCCCAAGAAGUUGCCUUUCAGGUGAUAAUCCAAUAGAAUGCUGGAUGGAUCUGAAGCAAGGGAAAUACCCAGAUACCAGAGACGUAGACUCAGUUGUGAAGAUUGGAGAGCCACUGUCUCUUAUGGUUUAUGCCAGAGAUAAUGCUGGCAUGUACGAUGUGAGCGUCAAAGACUGUUAUGCAUAUGGCGGUCCAGACUAUGACAAUCCAAAUGUACCCCAGAUUCAGCUGACUGACUCCCAGGGAUGUGUACUGAAGGACAAACUCAUCAGUUCUUUCUACACUUCACGUGAACGAGACAUCGAGGGUGAAGUUAUUGUUACUUAUGCAUAUGUUAAAGCUUUCAAGUUUCCUGAUGUUAUGGAUGUCUUUAUGUCAUGUAAUAUUGAAGUGUGUAAGGGUGACUGUGAUAAUCAGUGUGGUUCAGCAACGACAGAAGGCCCCUUCAGCUCAGGUAGUACCUUAUUUGGAGAACCUAUCACAACUUUAAGUCCUAGCACAACACCUUUAUGUUACCCAGGAUCUAAUGAUCCCCGUUGCCAAAGACCUACAACUCCCCGCCCUACUACUCCAAGUUCACCAAUAUGUGAAUUAGGUUCUACUGACCCUAACUGCCAAAUCAACUUCCCUCAACAAGAUCGUCCUUCCACUUUCAUUUGUGGUUUUGGAAGCAAAGAUCCACGCUGUGCUCCAGCAACCUCAGCUCCUAAAGUAGGUAAAGAACUUAAUGCCCGGCCGCCUCCUCAACAAAUAUUUGGCACUAGCCUUUUACCCACAUCCUUUACUUCACCUUCACCCUCACCUUCGCCCUCUUCCAUUACCCCUUUCAUUUGCACACCAGGUUCUCCUGAUCCUCGUUGUCCUCAGCCUACUACACCUCCUCCACCAAUAUGCUUUGUAGGGUCAACAGACCCAAGAUGUCCACAACUUACAACACCAAGUCAUAUUCAAUGUUUCCCUGGUUCGACAGACCCUCAGUGUCCACAAAUUACAUCAACCCCAUUUACAUGUAUACCUGGGUCAAAUGACCCACGUUGCCCUCAACCUACCACCCCUCCUCCACCAAAGUGUUUCUUUGGUUCUACUGACCCAAGAUGUCCUAAACUUACAACCACAACAGCAGCUCCUAGUUGCUUCCCAGGAUCUAAUGACCCCAGGUGUCCAAAGCCCACUACCCCUUCCCCUCCUAGGUGCUUCCCAGGUUCUAGCGAUCCUAGAUGUCCCAAGCCUACCACACCAGCUCCCCCCCCUAAUUGUUUCCCAGGUUCCAGUGACCCUAGAUGCCCCAAACCUACUACCCCUAGUCGCCCACGUUGUUCCCCUGGUUCCACAGACCCACAAUGUCCAAAACCUACCACAACACCCUCUCCAGCAAACUGUUUCCCUGGCUCAACUGAUCCCAGAUGUCCAAAGCCUACAACUACUCCUAAACCUCCACGUUGCUUCCCUGGCUCAAACGACCCAAGAUGUCCUAAGCCUUCAACGACAACUUCACGUCCUCGAUGUUUCCCUGGUUCAAGUGAUCCCAGGUGCCCAAAACCUACAACGCCAUCUCCCCCAAGUUGCUUCCCUGGUUCCACAGACCCAAGGUGUCCAAAACCAACAACACUAGUCCCAACAACACAGGCUCCACCACGGUGCUUCCCUGGAUCUAGUGAUCCUAGAUGCCCACAGCCCACAACAGCAUCGCCCACCACACUAGGAUGUUCAUUUGGAUCCAAGGAUCCUAAAUGCAACCAACCCACAUCUCCAGCCCCACCUAACUGUUUCCCUGGUAGCAAAGACCCUAGAUGCCCAAAACCAACAACCUUCCGCCCAUUUACCUCUCCAAGACCAGUCUGUUUUGCUGGAUCUAAAGAUCCUCGUUGUGGACAAGAGUUUUCUGGAGCAAAGUCUGCACCCACGUUUAAACCAACACCUAGACCUACUCCCACACCAACAACACCUCAGUUUUCAACUUUCAGACCAGUUCAAAAACAAUCACCUAAACCUACAACACUAGCACCUCCACGAGUCUCUCUUGAACCAAGACCCAUACCAACUACUGCUUCACCAAUUCGUGAAGGAUUUGCUCUAUUCCCAGUAACUCAGACUACACCUCGUCCUACAACCCAACGGUCCUUCGCCUCGCGAGCUCCAACUCCCUUAAUUACAACUAGUCGCCCAAAACCAACCAUUCCUUCACCAUCCUUAAAACCUAAACAAUCUCCUUCACCUAAGCCAAACCGUGGAAAACAGUUAGGUUCAGGUGCACCACAGCCCAAACCAGAACCAAGUGGGAAAGAAUGGGAGGGCGAAUCUCGUUACCAUGCUUUCCACAGUUAUCACUUCCAAAGAGGCGACGGACGACGAGGUCGCAUUUUUGGAGCUCGUAUUACAAGAGAUGCAGAUCUUUCCAAAGAUUCUCUGUCCAUGAAAAUCUUAACAGAUAAACGACCUUUAGAGGCAAAAGUUCCAAUAAGACUGAGCCGUUCUUUAUCUGUUAUUGCUCCCAGCGACAUUCCUGUCUCUGAAAACGUAGCAAAACAAGAUACCGGAGUGCCAAAAGCCGAGGCACAAACAUCCAUAGAUCCUAUAAAUAAAGAUCUUUUAGGAACUGUUUGUUUCCCAAUGGCAAUAUUCACAGCUUCUAUGCUUGGAUUCCUUUUCCUCCUGCUUCUUUCGUCAACAGCAGCCCUUGUUCUUUAUAUCCGUCAGAGUAAGCCUUGUAAAGGUGAGCCCUCCUGGCAUGAACAUUGA